GUGAAACAUCAUCUACGAUGGCGCCCAACAUUGGCAUCUCGAGCGCCCAGGCGGACGUCGAUGUCGCCCAGGCUGAGGCCCCGCGCUUCGAGAAGGUUAGCUGGACCAAGGAGCCCCAUCUGCGGAAGCUCUACAUGUAUGCCCUCGUCUUGAUGGUCGCCUCGGCCACCACCGGUUACGAUGGUAUGCUCGUCAACGUCUCCCAGCAGAUCACGAAAUGGGGGCUGUACUUCGGCGACGAUGUCAAGGACCCCAACAAGCUCGGCAUCUUGGUCAACAUGUUCAACAUCGGUUCCAUUAUCUCCUUCUUCAUCACCCCCUACAUUGCCGAUAACUUCGGCCGGAGAAUUGCCAUCAUGAUCGGCUGCUCCUUCAUGAUCGUCGGCGGCUGCUUGACUGCUUUCUGCAACGGUUACGGAAUGUACUUGGGUGGUCGUUUCGUCCUGGGUUUCGGCAACUCUCUCGCCCAAAUGGCGUCUCCCCUUCUCCUCACUGAGAUCUGCCACCCUCAGCACCGUGGUCCCGUCACGGCCAUCUACAACUGCCUGUGGAACCUGGGUGCCCUGCUCGUGUCCUGCAUCGGAUGGGGAACUGCCAACAUCAAGAGCGACUGGUCGUGGCGUUCCAUCACCUUCAUCCAGAUCGUCCCCUCCCUCAUCCAGCUCACCUUCAUCUGGUUCAUCCCCGAGUCCCCCCGUUUCCUCGUCAACAAGGACAGGCACGAGGAGGCCCUCAACGUGCUUGCCACCUGGCACGCUGGUGGCGACGCCAACAAUGCUACCGUCCAGUUCGAGUUCCAGGAGAUCAAGGAGACCAUCCGCAUCGAGAAGGAGUCCGACAGGGCCACCACCUACAUGGACUUCUUCCGCACCAAGGGUAACCGCUGGAGGUUGGCCAUCAUCAUCUCCCUCGGUGUCAUCUCCCAGUACUCUGGUAACGCUCUGUUCUCCAACUACAUGAACUCCAUCUACGAGGGCGCCGGUAUCACAGAGGAGAACCAGAAGCUCGGCAUCUCCACUGGCAAGACCAUCCUCGAUCUGACUGUCACCAUCAUUGCCGCCAUGCAGGUCGACAAGUUCGGCCGUCGUCCCCUCUUCCUGAUCUCCGUCUUCGGCAUGGUUGGCUCUUUCGUCUGCUGGACCAUCACCGGUGCCGUCUAUGACAACUCGCACCAGACCGACGCCGGCGCCGGCUACGCGCAGCUCGUCUUCAUCUGGAUCUUCGGUAUCUUCUACGACAUUGGCUUCUCCGGCCUGCUCGUUGCCUACGCUCUCGAGGUCUUGCCCUUCCACCUCCGCGCCAAGGGCAUGAUGAUCAUGAACAUCACCGUCCAGGCCAUCCUGGCCCUCGGCAACCAAACCAACAAGCUUGCGUGGGACACCCUUCCCCAGCACUGGAACUUCAUGUUGUUCUACACCCUGUGGGACACGGUCGAGCUCGUCUUCGUCUGGUUCUUCUACGUCGAGACCAAGGGCCCCACCCUCGAGGAGAUCUCGCGCAUCUUCGACGGCGACGAUGCCAUCGCCCACAUCGACAUGCACCAGGUCGAGAAGGACAUCCACGCCGCCGAGCACGACGAGGACAUCACGGCCGCCCACAUGGCCAGCGAGAAGAACGGUGUUUAAACACCUCGACUCGCGGCUGUUUUGCGUUGCAUCCCGGGCGUGUUUUGGCGUGUCUUGUUGAAAUUGUACGUACGGAUAGGGGGACAACCAGCUCCUGGUGCGCAUGCAAUCAAGCUUCGAGUCUGGUAGAUGGCGGUUGGAGACUAAUAAUACGGGCUGGCAUUGAGGCUUCCUGUUGUGUCCUCUCCUUUGCUUCUGCUCCUUUUUUAUUAUUAUUUAAACAUAACCCUAUAUUAUAUGAUACCAUUGUUGCGUCUUGGUCAGUUGCCCUGUUGGCG